UGGCAAUCCUAGACAAUAGAUGCACCACUCACAAUACCACAAUAAAGAGGAAGAAACUCAUGGGCAGCUGAACUUCCUAUGUUAAAGAGGCAGGAGAAAACAACAGCUUACAGUUACCUCUAGAAAGAAGACAAAACCGUCUCAAAUUCAGUCCAUUGAAGUAGACCCUCCACAGGUAACUUCAAACCAGGCAUGGAGACAGAUGAGGUGACAUACUCUGACAUCACCAUCAUCAAAACAGAAAAUGCCAACCAGAAAGGAAACAACAGGGAUGAAGAGGGAGCAAAUGUCAUCUACUCGCAAGUCAAUGUGCUGAAAAAUGUCCCAGCAAAUGAUCUGGACCCUGCAUCUGACUCCAAACAUGACCCUGCUAACUCCUCAAAGUCAUAUUCAGAAAAAGAGAGCCCUGCAUGCACAUCUCCUAGAAGCACAGCACUGCUACUGUCUAUUUGUGUUCUCCUGUUGGCCGUUGCUGUUACGAUGGGAGGGCUCUAUAUUAUGAAAGAGGAGAAGUACUCAGGUAUGAAACAAAAUUUGGAAACACUAAAUAUGCAAUAUAAAAAUAUUAGCAAUGAGAAAAAGGAUGUGGAGACACGACUUUCAGGUGUUAAAGAGCAGUUAGACACACUGAGGAUGGAGCACACUAAUGUAAUUUUGGCUUUGAAUGCUACUCAGGCUAACAUGUCAGAAAUUACAGAGAUAAUGGAAAUGCUGCAGGAGCAGUAUGUUAAUGCUACUAGUAUGACAAGCUCUUUGCAGGCUAACCUUACAGAAACUAAAAGGAUGUUAGCUGAUCAGAAAAACAAAAAUGAUAAUCUCACCAAGGAAAUCACAAAACUAAUGGCUGAGCUUCCAGUGAGGUGUGCAGAUGACUGGGAGUACCAUAAUGGAUCAUGUUACUACUUCUCCUCUGAUAUGAAGAACUGGACAGAUAGCAAAGAUGCCUGUGUGACCAUGGGGGGACACCUGGUCAUCAUAAACAGUGCAACAGAAAUGGAUAUCCUAAGGAAUAAGGGAGAGUUUUGGAUUGGUCUAAGUCAGGCUCAGCCAGGGGGCGGAUGGUAUUGGGUGGACAACACAAACCUCAUAACCUCAAGAUUUUGGCAUGCAAACCAGCCAGAUAACGGUGGAGCAGAUAUUGGAGUUUAUGGAGAAGAAUGUGCCAUGGUUUUUUUGCGAGGGGGAUGGAAUGAUAACAGAUGUAAUAGACCUUUGAAAAGAAUUUGUGAAAGUAAAAGCUGUAGGGGCUGAAUUGAAAUUAAUACAACCACAUUCAUUCACUACAUCAAUACCGGUUUUAAAGGAAAAUUCUGGCAAUUUUUCACAUAGAUCUGUGUUUCGCGAGGUCAUGAGUACUGUCGAGCUGAAACUCAGUUUUCCCCCUGUACCGACAGUACUUGGUGACCUCGCAAAACAGAUAUCUGUGUGAAAAAUGGCUGGAAUUCUCCUUUAAUUGUGUGGCGUGUAAAGUCAAAGCAACACAGUCAAAGAUAUAAAGACAUGUUAAAGAUACGGUAUUUGGAUUAUGUCAGUGAUUCUUAAACUAGGGGUCGCGACCCCAAAUGGGGUCGCCAAAAACUUUAUUAUUAUUUUCUGUAUUCAGUCUGAAAUUAUUAUUAUUAGGUGAAACAAAGGGAAAUAUUUGCCUUUUCUGCCUUUUUCUUAUUUACACGCAGUUAAGAGAAGAGAGAGAAAUGUUUUCGUCUUUCAACGAGAUCUGGUUCAGCCUAUGGGCUACUGGUCCGCUGAUAGAAACAAUCUGCUCCCACAAUGCAAACUCAACUUGUUCCUGCUAUUUUAAGUAAAACAAAACAAAAAACAUAGGUAGCCUACUAGCCAAAAUGGACAGGUGGCUGCUUAAACUACUCCGUGAUCCUCAGAUGGGACAAGUCUACAGGCCGGUGAGAAUAAAAAAGAACAAAUGGCGCGUCGGCUUUAUCAGAAAGAAUUUUUGAAAUAUGCAUUCACUUGCCAAGUUAAAGAUAACCUCGACCACCCACAAUGUGUGAUUUGCGGCGAUGUUCUGGCGAAUGAGAGCUUAAAACCUGUCAAAAUGAAACGACAUCUCAAAAUACAGAUGUCGGCUCAGCACCGUGGAGGAAAAUCUCUGUGUCGCCAUAUGCAGCAUUCCUCCUAGAAUUAACUUGCUAUGUUCAUGGAAGCAUGCCCACCCUUCCCAUUGAAAUUGUUAAAGAUAGUAAACCAGAAAAGGGAAAUAAAAAAAAUACUGUUAUUGUUAUCGCCAUAAAUAUAAUUAAUGUAAUGUUGUAGGCCUAAUGCUGGUAUGUGUGUGUGCGUGCUUGUGUGUGCGCGCGCGCUACGCACAUAGCGCUCUGAUCUGAUAUGGCGGCAGCCUACACUUGUUUAAUCGUGAUUGUUUGGUUUUCUCGGUUCUUGUUCAUAUGGAGUAAAUAAAACAAAUGACUUUGCUUUCUAGUUUUUGCUUGAUUUAGUUGUUAACGUUUGAGGGGGGUAUUUGAGUAAGGACUUAGAAUGGGUUUGGGGAAAGUGGGGUCGCCAGACCUCGCCAUACUUUUUUGUGGGGUCGCCAGACAAAAAGUUUAAGAACCACUGGAUUAUGUUAAUGUUUUUUUUUUGGGGGGGGGGGGGGGGUGAGAUGUAUUUGCAGCUCUUUUAAGGUAGAAGCUACCAAUGUUGUGUAAUGAUCAAGGGAUGUCAGUGAACAACUUAAAAGAAUCUGUGACAAUCUAAGAUGAAGGGUCAGAGUAUAAUAUCAGAUGAGGUUGAAAUGGUGGUAGGAGAGUCUACAUGGGCUUGGGGAUUCAGUGGCAUUGACCUGAUGUCUGGACACAAAAGGAAUAAUGACAGACAUGAAUUAAGACUUUGGGCAAGGUGGUGAACUAGAUUUUAGGCACAAGAAUUGCUUCUUUGAUAUCUUGUCCCUUAAAGGUCCCAUGAUAUGCUACUUUUUGGAUGGUUUUAUAUAGGCCUUAGUGGUCCCCUAAUACUGUAUCUGAAGUCUCUUUUCCAAAAUUCAGCCUUGGUGCAGAAUUACAGCCACUAUGAGCCAGUCCCACAAUGAGCUUUCCUUAGGACGUGCCGUUUCGUCUAAGGAGGAGGAGAGAGGCGGGGCAAGGUGGGGCGUGGGUGUGGGCAGGCCAAAUUCUCUGGGCGGGCAAAGCAGAGAAAGGGGUGGUAACCUUUCCCCUUAUGACGACAUACGGGGAAAAUUCCAGAUUGGGCCAUCUGGGCUUUCGUCUUCUCAAAGGCGGAGCAGGAUACCCAGGGCUUGGUUUUACACUUAUCGUCAUUUCUAGCCACUGGGGGACAAUAGGCAGGUUAGGGGAACUCGUAUUAAUGUUAAAAAAAACGUAUAAAGUGAACAUUUCAUGCCAUGGGACCUUUAAAUGGGAAGUCAAAGCUUUGGCUGAAAACUGUCAAGAACUCAGGUUUUGUGCCAUUCCCAGGACAUUUUCUCUUAAUGCACUUCUCCUAUUUGGAUUUGUUUUUAUUUUUAUUGAUAGCCUUACAAAUGUAAAUAAAACUGGAAUUAUCUUUGCAGGGUUUUGCAAAGAUAGCUAUUGCCUUGCUGCCUAUAAAAACUUAAACCACUGUUAUUUUAUGUCCAUUUUAACUGCCUCUGUUCUUGUAUUGUCCAAGGCAUUGUCAAGAUAAUACACAAAUUGAUAUUACAGUCUCUUUCAGUUGUAUGGUUAUGCUUGUCCAUUUAAUAUGUAUGCAAUAAUGUAUUGAGAAAUAUUAUGAAUAAAGCUGUUUUGAUUUAAUUCCAAAA